CAUUAGUAUUCAAUUGUAAAAAGUGUCGUGAAAGGGGAACAAAAUUUUAGUUUUACACAAAUAAAAAGUAUGGACGGAAAAAAGAUAGAAAUGGAAACAUGUAAACCAAAUUACAAGUUCCAAAGUACAAUCAAUGGGUACCUUAACUUUCUAAAGGACUACAAAAGCGAUUUUGCGGAAUUUUCCCACAUGACUUGAUACGUUUCGGAGCUAGGGAAUGGAACCAGUUGACCCUCCAAGAAAAGGAACGCUUUGUAAACAUGAAGGAACGUGGGGCCGUUAUGAAAAGUGCACCUGAAGAGUUUGAGAGUAAGUCCCAUGGGGACAGCCCCGAUCAAUCUGAGCGGGAGAAACGUAGUUCCGUUCGCUCUCCUUAUGCCCGUGAAAGGGAGUCCAGGAACAGAAAGGAAAGGAAGCCAUCUAAAUCAAUCAAGAAGCUCGUCAAAAAGAAAGCCGGACCUCCUUCUUUUCUGCCAAAGAAUCGCGGCUUUAUACCCUUCAUGCGCAGGUUUCAAAGGAUGAAUAAGGAAUUGGCCCCAAAUGAUCUUUUAAAAAAUGCAACUAGUAUUUGGUGCCGCCUGCAUGGGAGCCAGCGCAAAAAAGUUUGGGGGCCCCUUUGAAUUGUGAGAACUGGAUAGGAACUAUUUCUAAAUUUCAGUAUUAAUAUAUGGCUAAAUGGGGUUUGCGGAAGUCCAUUCAACCCUUGAUUUCAGCGAAUGCUGAUGGAAUAUUUAAUUCGAUUUUUAUACCCUUGCA